AUGACCUCAGAAGUCAGAAAUGUCUCCCAUACUGUGAGUGAGUUCAUCCUCUUGGGCUUCCCUUGCCCCUGGGAAAUACAACUCUUCCUCUUUUCCAUAUUCUUUGUGAUGUACAUCUUGACUCUCCUUGGAAACAUGGCCAUCGUGUGUACAGUGUACUGGGAUCACCGGCUCCACACUCCCAUGUACAUCUUGCUGGCCAACUUCUCCUUCCUGGAGAUCUGCUAUGUUAACUCUGAUGUGCCCACCAUGCUAGCCAAUUUCCUGUCCAAGACCAAAACCAUCUCCUUCACCUGUUGCCUCCUGCAGUUGUACUUCUUCUUCUCACUGGGCACAGCUGAAUGCUUAUUUCUUUCUAUCAUGGCUUAUGACCGGUUCCUGGCAAUCUGCCACCCCCUGCAUUACCUCACAGUCAUGACUUCUAAAUUCUGUAGUCACCUGGUCAUCUUUUGCUGGGUGUAUGGUUUCCUCUGGUUUCUGAUCCCAGUUAUACUUGUUACUCAGCUGCCAUUUUGUGGCCCAAAUGUGGUUGAUGACUUUUUGUGUGACCUGGGUCCCCUACUGGCUCUGGCUUCAGCCUGUGUCCCAAUCCCAGGGACUGUUCUCAUAUGUGGCACCAUGAGCUCCCUUCUCAUCUUUGCCACCUUUGUCUAUAUUGUUGGCUCAUACACUUUGGUGCUCAGGGCUGUGACUCAGGUGCCCUCAGUUUCUGGCCGAAAGAAGGCCUUCUCCACCUGCUCCUCACAUCUGGCUGUGGUGUUUCUGUUCUAUGGAUCUGUCAUGAUAACAUAUGUGAGCCCAGGGUCGGGGCAAGCAGAGGGCAUGCAGAAAUUCACUACUUUAUUCUACUCAGUUUUGACACCAUUUUUCAACCCCAUAAUCUACAGCCUCCGGAAUAAAGAGAUGAAGGAUGCCUUGAAAAAAGUGCUAGGAGGUUCCUAA